UGGUCGGUCUCACGAAGCAAACCUUAUUCAGUCGAAAUGUUCGUAAAAGCCGCAGUAAUCCUCUCCGUUGUAGCAGUAGCAGCAGCCGGUGUAGUGCACCUUGGUCACGGAUAUGCCGGCGAGGGCUACGGCCACGAGGCUGUCGCGUACGCGCCAGUCGCACACGGUGGGUACGAGGCCCAUGAUCAGCACAUUGAUUAUCAUGCCCAUCCUAAAUACGACUACUCAUACUCCGUGUCGGACCCGCACACUGGUGACCACAAGACACAGCACGAGGCGCGUGAUGGUGACGUCGUUAAGGGAGAAUACUCUCUCCUGCAACCUGAUGGCUCCUUCCGCAAGGUCACCUACACCGCUGACGACCACAACGGUUUCAACGCGAUAGUUCACAACACCGCGCCAGUGCAUGCUGAGUACCACUGAUGUGGUGUGUGGGUCGAGAGGCAGAGCUCCUAUGUGAUAUUACGUGUACCUUAUUUUAAAUAGUCUUUAGUCCACAACGAACUUUAUGUUAUAAGACUGCGGCGAAUAAACUUUA